AUGUCCAAGGUAUUCACCGCGAGCGAGGUCGCUCAGCAUAAGACCGCGAAGGACCUCUUCAUUACCAUUGACGGCGAUGUCUACGAUCUGACCAACUUCCAAGAUGACCAUCCUGGUGGCAAGAAGAUCCUCCUCCGAGUCGCUGGCAAGGAUGCCUCUAAGAUGUUCUGGAAGUACCACGGCGAGGCUGUCCUGAAGAAGUACAAGCCCAAGCUCCAGGUCGGCUCCCUCGACACCAAGAAGGCUGCCGCGCCUGCCCCCGCCGCUGCUGCUCCCGCUCCCGCUCCCAAGCCUGCGCCCGCGAAGCCCGCGGAGAAGAAGGCCGAGGCUGCUCCCUCCGAGGCUCUAGAACCCUACGGCAGCCUCAUCCCUUUUGCCGACCCCAACUGGUACCAGGGCUACCACUCCCCUUACUUCAACGAAACCCAUGCUGCCCUCCGUGCCGAGGUUCGUGAGUGGGUCGAGUCCGCCAUUGAGCCCUAUGUCACCGAGUGGGAUGAGAACAGGCUGGUCGAUCCCGAAAUCUACAAGGAGAUGGGCCGCCGAGGCUACCUCGCCGGUCUCCUCGGUGUACACUACCCCACCCAGUACACCGGCGGCAAGUCGGUCAAGAGCGUGCCCCCCGAGAAGUGGGAUCUCUUCCACGAGCUGGUCAUCACCGAUGAGAUCUGCCGCGCUGCCUCCGGUGGUCUCGUCUGGAACCUCAUCGGCGGUUUCGGAAUCGGAUGCCCUCCCCUCCUCAAGUUCGGCAAGAAGAGCCUCGUCGACCGCAUCCUCCCCGGUAUCCUGUCCGGUGACAAGAGGAUCUGCCUCGCCAUCACUGAGCCCGAUGCGGGUAGCGACGUCGCCGGCCUCAAUUGCGAGGCUAAGCUCAGCGCCGACGGCAAGCACUACAUCGUCAACGGUGAGAAGAAGUGGAUCACCAACGGUAUCUGGAGCGACUACUUCACCACCGCCGUGCGCACCGGCGGUCCCGGCAUGAACGGCGUCAGUCUUCUCCUCAUCGAGAGGAGCUUCGGCGGUGUCAGCACCCGCAAGAUGGACUGCCAGGGUGUCUGGUCGUCGGGCACCACCUACAUCACCUUCGAGGACGUCAAGGUUCCUGUUGAGAACUUGAUUGGCAAGGAGAAUCAGGGCUUCCGAGUGAUCAUGACCAACUUCAACCACGAGCGUAUCGGCAUCAUCAUCCAGGCCCUCCGCUUCUCCCGCGUGUGCUACGAGGAGUCCGUCAAGUACGCUUCCAAGAGGAAGACCUUCGGCAAGAAGCUCAUCGAGCACCCCGUCAUCCGCCUCAAGCUCGCCCACAUGGCCCGCCAGAUCGAGGCCUCUUACUCGUGGCUUGAGAACCUCCUGUUCCAGUGCCAGCAGAUGGGUGACACCGAGGCCAUGUUGAAGCUUGGCGGUGCCAUUGCCUCUCUCAAGGCCCAGGCCACCGUGACCUUCGAGUUCUGCGCCCGCGAGGCCAGCCAGAUCUUCGGCGGUCUCAGCUACUCCCGCGGUGGCCAGGGUGGUAAGGUGGAGAGGCUGUACAGGGACGUUAGGGCGUACGCCAUUCCCGGCGGUAGCGAGGAGAUUAUGUUGGAUCUCAGCAUAAGGCAAAGCAUGAGGGUGCACAAGGCUUUGGGCAUGAAGCUGUAA